AUGAAGUCAGUGGACUCGAGUCCGAAGAAAUUCCCAUUGUCUGUGAGUAGUACGCGCUCAUUAGACGAAUCGAUCGAUAAACGAGAAGCAGGGAGAGAAUGGACUCACAAGAUCACGGAUCGGUUCUACAUCGAUUCUAAAUACCAGGGAAAUAGCGAGAGCGGAGUUCCGGUGUAUAAGUUCGGACUCACGAACGAUCUGCGAGCGUUGUGGCUGGAGAAUUGCAAUCGCAACUUUUUGGAUCGGCGCGCGGAGGAGCUGGAGAAGGAAAUACGAGAGACGGAGUUCCAUAUGGAUAAGCUGUUUACGAUGGAGACGAAGCAGGUGAAGAGGGAACGAGGUGCAGAAUGAUGUGUUUGUUGGAGAAACGAAAUUGGAGAGGAUCGAGGGUGUGGAGAUUUUGGGAUGGUUGGAAACAUGGAAGGAAGCAGAAAUGAAAUGAAUCGAAUCGUGGGAAAUACUUCAAUGAUUACGCGUUGUUGGUGUGUUAUUUGAUUCUUCAGGAUCGUGUGAUGACCACCCUUUCUGUGUUUAAACAGUUCGUCUGUGAAGAACGAGAAGGCUGCUUUGUUCCGCGCGCAGACUGCGUUUGCAACGUCCAGGUCGAUUCUAUGAUCGCGUAUUUCGAUUGUUUCACGGAGAGUUUGACGCAGGCUCGCGAGAUCUGUGCUCGCUAUGAGUCCUAUCCAGUUCUGUACUGGCGAAAUCUAUUCAGCAACAUUUCUACAAUGGUAGAGAGCGUGGAUGGAACGAUGGAUGUCGAGAAGACCUUCGGAAUCAGGGACGAAUCGGACUUUGCUCGCGAUGAAUUCAAAUAGAAACGAUCGCAAAUGAAUAUGGACAGUUCGCUCGAAGUGUCAUCCACGAAUCAGGUGAUUACGCUGCACUACUACAAUCUACGCGAGGCAGACAUCAAUCUCUACGAGCUGGAUGUGGAGUUGCUCUUCAGUCUGAAUCCCUUCAUGUUCAACAAGUCUUUGUCGCUCUUCAUUCGUCCCAACUACACGCAGCAUGUCCAGCUGCCUCCUGAAGUCGAUGGCGUGGGCGAGUUUUGCUACACGCUUCCGAAAGAAUACCAGGAGAAGAAUGUUUUGGUGGAAGUGCGGAAUCGAAAGGAACGGAACGCUGCGCGAAGCCUGCUAUUCGCUGAACAAUUCGCUGCUUGUGGCGCUGUCUGUGAAGUCUGGACAGUUGCGAGUGAUGGAUAAGAAGACGCAUACGGGCAUUCCGUGCUGCUAUGUGAAGGUGUACGCGGAGACGAAUAGUGGAGAAAACAAGUUCUUGAAUGAUGGAUUCACGGAUAUCAGUAACUGUUUCGAUUUUUAUUAUUCGGUUGAGUACGGAGGUGGCCGAACAAGCAAAGAAACUGGAGAUUUUUGUGGAUAAAGAGGGGUAUGGAUCGUGCAUUCGGGAAGCUUUGCCUCCCAUUUCUGCUGCGCAUAAGAGAGUAUGUGUGAGAAGUG